AUAUUAUCUUGAAUGAAGAUUUAUCAAUUUAUCAAAAAACGCUAUCACACAUAAAAAAAUGAACGUUUUCGAAUUGUCACGAUCCGCAUUAAAAUCUAUUUAACGGCCACAAUCAAUCAGUCACAACAUUUUGCGGAACGGUGGCCACACGGACAAUUAGCUAGUCAGUGAAUAAAUUUUAGUGCGGUGCCAAUUAGCGUUUAUGGUAUAGGUUGUCCAUUCGUCGUACCGCCUGAGGGUUGUAAUCACGGUUGUGAGUAUCUUAUUAUUUGUAGACGCUCGCUCUACUGUUUAUAAUUGUUUUAGUUGCGAAUAUCUGUUUUAUGAGCGGGACUACAUACCCCCGGUACCAUGAUAAUUUGUUUACGUUGUCCAAAAUACCGACAACUAACCUAAUUGUCAAGAGCGUCAGUAUAACUUUUAAUUGGUUCAUUUUAGCCUGUGUCAAUCUUCGUUCCAUUAUUUACCACGCUACAAUUCAAGGAAAUGUUCUUUUUUUUCGUGCCACUUACGGCUUACAGGAACAUUAAAGGGAAGAAAAACCAGCGUUCGUUUUGUUGACAGCCUCGAUGAUAUAGCCUAUAGGUAGAGCGUCAGGGUUACGAAUAUUAUAGAGAGAAAAAGUGAUAGAGAGAUUAACAUGUUUAGCGGCAUUAUAACGGGUAGAAUGCUGACGUUAAGAGAAGUGUGAUACGGUAACGGAAAUACCGGUAGUAUGGUGGAAGUGUGAUACGGUAGCGGUAGUACCGGUAUAAAUGUAGCGGGAGUGUGAUACGGUAGCGGAAGUACCGGUAGUAUGGUGGAAGUGUGAUACGGUAGCGGUAGUACCGGUAUAAAUGUAGCGGGAGUGUGAUACGGUAACGGAAGUACCGGCAUAAAUAUAGCGGAAGUGUGAUACGGUAGCGGAAGUACCGGUAUAUAAAUAUAGCGGAAGUGUGAUACGGUAACGGGGGUACCGGUAUAAACGUAGCGGAAGUGUGAUACGGUAGCGGAAGUACCGGUAUAUAAAUAUAGCGGAAGUGUGAUACGGUAACGGGGGUACCGGUAUAAACGUAGCGGAAGUGUGAUACGGUAGCGGAAGUACCGGUAUAUAAAUAUAGCGGAAGUGUGAUACGGUAACGGGGGUACCGGUAUAAAUGUAGCGGAAGUGUGAUACGGUAGUGGAAGUACCGGUAUAAAUGUAGCGGAAGUGUGAUAUCACAGCAACAGAAGCAAUCCUAAAGCGCGCCGUUAUUCGCAAUCGAUCUCUUCCGCCUAACUAACUACUGAAGGGUGCAUUCGGAAAAAUUAUUGGGUCUUAUUGUCCAAAUACUGACGCACUUUCUUACCCAUGGCACGUGCAAAGAAAGGACAAUUUGGCUGGGUCAAAAUGGGUCAUGAUUACUCACACAGGGUCGAAAAAUGCAUCUCUAUUUGGACAAAGUCCCACUCAUUUCUCUGAACGUAGUCUCGUUUUACGAGUUACUCCCUGGAGGUAUGCAUCACGAAAUUGUAAUCACUCAAUUCAAAAAUUUAGUUCCUAUAAUUUUCUACUGGGAACUUGUUAAGAAAAAUCAUGUAGCUCAAGGUUCGGUUAGACUCAAUAGUCUACUAGAACAACUCCCUGAAUAGCUCUGUUUUGCGUAUAAUAGGUCACCGCGGGCGUAUUCUAGGCCAUCCAAGAUCUACGCGCGGCAAAUGCAGUUGAAUAACUGAAAUAAAUAAAAUAUUUCUCACAUUUCUUUCGCAUUCUUUUUCGUUCAUGAUUAUUUAUCGGAUGAUGAGAGACUUAUUAGUAGGCGCUUCAUAUUACGAGAAUAUUAGGCAAUCAUUUGUCAGUUUCUUAGUGACAAAGAUAGUUUGAUUUUGUCUUCCCUUCUUUAUGCAUAUGUCGACAAAUUGAUAAAUGAUCAGAGACAAAGAUGGAUUCAUUAAUAAAUUUUCAGGGACCAAGAUCGACGAAUUAAUAAACUAUCAGGGAUCAAGAUUGAUAAAUGAGCAGGAACCAAGAACGAUAAAUUGAUAAAUGAUCAGUAACCAAGGUCGAUAAAUUGAUAAAUGACCAGGAACUAAGAUCGAUAAAUCGAUUAAUGAUCUGGAACCAAGAUCGAUGAAUUGAUAAAUCAUCAGUGACCAAUAUCUAUUAAUGAUCAAGCAACAAGAUGGCUCGGUCCUUCAUCAAGACUCCCUUGCUGUCGACUCGUAAUGGCAGAGCAUUUCGCCGCACCCAAUAUUUUGCCACUUUUUCAGCUUCUUUGGCGACGUUCUCCGUGGGCAUGAUCAUCGGCUUCUCCAGUCCCGCUUCUUACCAAAUUCGGAACGACAGCAAACAUCCGGCACCACUCAACCUAACUAAUGAUUUCACGAUGACGACUUCACACAAUGAUUUAAUCCAUAACGAAGCACUAGGUUAUAACGACACUAAACUUUACAGCUACUAUAAUGACGAUAUUAUGGACCCUAAUUUGGUGAAUUCACAUCACCAAUUCAACGCUAGAAACAACACCAACUUUCUUUUGUCAUCUGCCGAACUGCCAGAGCGAGAGGUACUGAAUCGGGAUUAUGCGAAAAGCGAUUUGCUGAAUGACGUCAGAAUGGAAUUUUCGAAUUUUAUCUCUGGGAAGAAUUCAACGGAAUCUAAUUCGACCAAUGGAUUGCUGACGAUGACGUCUAAUGAGCUGGCAUGGUUUUCAUCGUCUACAACUCUUGGUGCCAUCGUCGGGGGCUUUGUAUCAAGCCUCUUCCAAAACGCCUUGGGUCGGAGAGGAAGUUUAUUGGCUGCUGUUAUACCGGCUGUCAUGGGGUGGUUCCUUAUUGGUUUUGGCAAUAACUUGGGGGUGCUGAUUCUGGGACGAAUUCUGACUGGGUUCUUCGUAGGCACGGCGGUGAUACCUGCCCUGAUCUACGUAGCAGAGGUGUCGUCGCCUGAUAUCAGGGGCUUUUUAAUUCUGCUCGCGGACAUGUCGCUCUCUCUGGGAAAACUGUUCGUGAUUGUCAUCGGAUCUGUGACGCAAUGGCAGGAUUUGGCGUUGAUAGCGACCACUCCUGUCUUCCUUCUCUGCAUUUCAAUUUACUUCUGCAAGGAAUCUCCCAACUACCUCAUCAACAAAGCUAAUUUCGAAGAAGCCCGCAGAUCUCUACAACAUUUCAGAGGCCCAGACACGAACAUAUCGCAGGAGUUUGAAGACUUGAAGGCAUAUCAAUUGGAAGCCACAAAAGACAAGCUGUCGUUAACAGUGCUACGGCAGCGCAGCGUGCACAUACCCCUCGUUAUCGGGCUCGUGCUGUGCGCGUUCGUGCAGCUCAGCGGCAUCGAAGCUCUCACAUUCAACUUAGCUUCGAUAUUCAAGCAAUCGGGCAGCCAUCUGUCGGACUACGGUAGCAGCAUAGUAAGCAUCAGCUUCCAAGUUAUCGGCAACAUCAUCGGCACCGCGUGUAUUGAAAACACCGGCAGGAGACUACUGCUUGUCGUCUCGUGUGUCGGCAUGACAAUCUCCCAUGCUUGUCUGGGGGCGUAUUUCUUCGAGCUACAGAGCGCCCCCGCGUGGACUCUGGAACGACUCUUCUGGCUGCCCCUGGCCGCAGUCAUGCUCUUCAUGCUCACUUUCUCUGUGGGCAUCGGACCCGUGCCUCUAGUGCUUAUAGGCGAAAUGUUCCCUCCCAGCAUCAGAGAGACAGCGGCCGGGUUGGCUGUAUGUGUGAUGUUCUCCACGGCUUUCUUCGUCACAUUUUCCUUCGACUCUUUGCAGGCUGCUCUAACUCUACCCGGGUUCUACUGGCUGUACGCAAUCUUCUGUAUAUUGGCUGGAAUUUUUGCGUUCACUUGUGUCAAGGAAACUAAGGGCAAAACCUUGGCUCAAGUCGCUGAAAUGUUCGGAGGAAAAGUUCCCAAUAGUUACAUUAUCCUUCAAACCCCAAGUGCACUUAAUGGCAACAGUCAGCAUCGAGAUCAAAACGGUAUCUCUGCUCAAGAUUUAAAUCUACACGGAAUUGAAAACGGCUCGUCUGCACGCGAUAAAAAUUUUCAUCGAGAUCAAAACGGGACUUUGGGAGCGAAUGGAAACAAUCUGCCUCGAGAUCAAAACGGUUCUUAAAAACUUAAAGGUAACAAUUUGCAGCGAAAAUAAAAAGGGACCUAGGACAUAACUGUAACAAUCUGCAGCGGAAUAAAAACGGGACAUUAGGACCUAACGGUAAAAAUUUUUAAAUUAACGAAAUUAAAACGAUUCCUUAAGACCUAUCGGUAACAAUCCGAUGCGGAAUUAAAACGGCUCUCAAAGCCUUAACGGUAACAAUCUGCCGUGAAAUUAAUAUUAGUAAUCUGCAUCGAGAUCAGAAUGACAACGUAAAUUCCCACUCGGCGCGACCUCCUCGCAAUCAUCGAGUAAAAUUCAGUGCAAACCAUGAUUCAAGGACAGUAAAAGUGCAUGGCUAUAGCGUCUAGGAUGUAAAUGAAAGUAAAUCUGGUUGUCUUAGUCAAAGGCAUAUAAAACAGAUGAGGUUUACACCCUGCAGAAAAGCGUAUCAAGUUCGGUAGCCUUUGCAAAACUUACAAUUAAAGUGUGUAUAUGACCGUCUAUAAAAAAUAUAUGCAAAAAUCAAUUAUGUAUAAAUGAAUGAACUGAAGUUUGAUAUUUGGACGAAUUAUCAUAACCCUCUCAAAAGUCGUAGGCGUUUCGAGUAAGAAAGUAGACCGUGAACGUGCUCAUAUAUGGCUGCUAACUUUGAUAAAUUCGAGAAGGUCAACUUUCAUGCCAUAAACUUGCAAUUAACACAUAAAAAAUCACUUUAUUAGCAGCAUUAUGAGAUGUGCUGCAUUAAUUGCUGCGCAACAUAAAUGUUAAUUCUUCAAAUGCGAUUCACUCCUUGUAUUUGCUCAGUGUUGGAAAAUGCUCAGGAGGAAAUGUUCAAUAUUGUUAUAUGUUUUAGAAAUGUUCAAUAUUGUUCUUACCUUAUCGUAGCCUAUUGAAUUUGCAACAAGAUGUUUAUUUUAUUAAUCUGAGUGAGUUGAUUGAACGGUGUCGUACGUAAUGGUGAUGACUAUCAUCACACCUAUUCGAUAUUUAUUCGUUAUCGUAAAUAUUUCCCAUGUCAUUAUGUGUCCCUGUGAGUAGCAAGUUUAUGUAAGAACUGAACUUGUUCAUAAGCAGCACGGGAAAUAAUUAUAUAAGGUGUAAUAAGGAACUAUGUUAUAAAAAAAGCAUAACACAGUUAAUAUACAUGACUAUUGGAUUAUUUAUUAUUGUUAUGUACUAGUAAUAUCUCACAUAGCGUUAUGUCGUCACUGUGAUCAUUUUUUUUAAUAUGUACUCACGCAUAGGCAUUUUAUUAUACAACGUAAUGAGUAAUAAAUCUUUCCGGAAUGA